AUGUCACAUAUUGGUCAAAUCUACCAGUACGAGCCAUUGAGGAAUCAAGUGAUGGGACAAAGUAAUAAGGAUUUCGAAAAGCUACCGCUUGUGGGUUUUUCGAUUUGUUCCGGCAUGGAAAUAAUUAAGCAAAAAUUGCAUCCUAGUAAUACGGUAGCUUUUAAGAGUUGGAAUUCACCGGAAAUGCCAUUAUGGGCUAGGAAUCGUGUGAAAACAGAUGAUUAUCUACGAAUGCUUUUACGAUUUGAGAAGAAACGCUUGGGCGUCUGUUUUCGUCUCAAUUCAUUUCCACCAUCAUGUUAUGUUUAUUUCGAUUAUCCUCCCAAUCACCCAGUGGAAGAGUUAUAUUUAGCAUUGAUAAACUCUGAAAUGUUUAAUGAACAGGGCAUACCUUUUAUUGCAAUGCCAAAUCCUACCGAAAUUUUUGUAUGGACGGCGCAAAAGAUGCAGAAGGCUAUCAACAAAGAAGAACGAGAAGCUAUUAAGCCAUUGAUUCAAAAUACGACGUCUAAAUCCAACAAGGCUAGAACUACUGUACCGAUGUGUACAUUUUGCUGGGAACGACCUAUCGAUACACUUUUAAUGCCAUGCAAUCAUGCAGUAUGUUGUAAAAUUUGUAAGGAUAACUACAUAAGUUAUGAACGAAAACGGAAUAAAGCAAAGAAUUUAUCAAUGGAUGUUGUAUGCCCAAUUUGUCGGGAAAAAAUUGAAGGUGUUGCACAAAUCUGGUUUCCCAAAAUCUGUCGCUGUUUGCUUUGUAAAAAUGACUGUAAUAAGUUGUCAGCAGUUGCUGGUGGUAAAAAUGGUUGUGGAUGUGUUAUUGGAUGUUAUGAGAAAGCCCGGAAAUUAUGCGAAGACGGUGGUUCAUGCCCGCAUUGUCAGAAAGAGCUUAUCGAUGUGUUGCAAAUUUUCAUUCAAGAUGAUCGAGAUUAA